CGUACACGUAAAACUGCUCUCAAACUCUGCUAUGGCUGUUCAUUCCUCUGGCUAAUACCUCGCUCUGAAAAGGUUGAGGGCUAGCGGAUCAGCUGCUUCUGGCGCAGACGAGGGACAGACUGUCAGUUACUGGCACUAUGUUGGAUAAGUGGCGAGAGCGAGAUAAGCGGCACUGUAAAGAAGGCAGAUGAAUGAUAUAGAAAAUAAUUGAGAAAGAACAUUCCAUUUGGUGUCAAGAGUGAUGUUUCGUCAACGUUUAAAAGGUGCCCAUCGUGUUGGUGCUCCAGGUUCUAUUAAUCAGUCACAACAGAAUCAGCAUCCAACACAGCAAGUGAUUGGAUGGGGUGGUGGACAGCAACAUCAGUGUAAUGAUUCCACCCAACACCCUUUUGCACCUGGGCAGCCUCAGCAACCAGGCCAUAAUACCCAUCAUACCCAACAACAGCCAUCAGAGGGUGGUGGUUGGACAGCGGGAGCUGAAACCUCAGAUGGUGCAUGGAAUUGGGGAGAAAGUGGUAAUGAUGCUUGGUCUUGGAAUGGGAAUAAACAGUCCACAAGUAAUCAUCAACAGCAACUGAAUCAGAUCCAGCAAUGUACUCAACAAUACUUUCAGCAUCAUGAUCACACUCAGCAGCUCCAGCAUACUUCACAGCAGCAGUAUUCUAAAGCUCCUCAUAAUGUGUUCAAUAACCAGAAUACUGUAAAUUCUGCUUCUGCUAUUUAUGAGCAAAAUCAGAAUCCUACUAAUGCUCAGCAGUUCCUUAAUGGUAGCAACCCAAGUAGUUCUGGAGCUGAAGAUUGGGGAGGAGACAACUGGGGCAAUGACUGGGAAAGCAGUGAUUCUUUCAACAAUAACAAUAAUACUAAGCCAGCUAAUUAUGCAAAGCAGGAGCAUCAACAAAAGCAAUAUUAUCAAGGGAACCAGGAACAGCAUCAGUACCAAGAAUAUCAUCAGCAUCAUCAGUAUCAAGAUAUACAGCAGCAACAAAUAUUGCAGGAGCAAGUACAUCAACACCAUAGCUCUUAUCAGCAGCAAAAUUACCGGCAGAGUCACUAUGGUCAGGAUGAAGAAAAUAAACAGCGAUAUGAAUAUUACCAUUAUCAACAACAGCAGCAGCCUCAUCAACAGCAGCCACAUCAACAGCAACCACAGCAGCUGCAACAACAUCUACAUCAACAUCAUCAACAACAGCAACUUCAACAGCAGCACCAGCAGCAACAGCACCAGCAGCAACAGCACCAGCAGCAACAGCACCAGCAGCAACAGCAACAGCAGCAACAGCAACAGCAGCAACAGCAACAGCAGCAACAGCAACAGCUGCAACAGCAACAGCUGCAACAACAACAACAACAACAACAACAACAACAACAACAACAACAACAACAACAACAACAACAACAACAACAACAACAACAACAACAACAACAACAACAACAACAACAACAACAGGAAGAACAACAACAACAACAGGAAGAACAACAACAACAACAGGAAGAACAACAACAACAACAACAGGAACAAGAACAGCAGAAUAAGUUGCAAGAAGAGAAUUGUGGGGGUUGUGAUCUGCACCUUGCACAUCAAGAACAAGAGAAACAACAGCCACUUCAGCAAUCCUCUGAACAUCCAGUAGAGGAUGAGUGGGGUUGGGGUAAUGAUGACUGGCAAACAAAUGGAGUUCCUUCUACAGUGCAUCAGCAGGAAACAAACUUUAAUGAACAGUCUCCAUAUCAUUCUGAAAUGCAUAUUUCAAAAUCGGAACAAAUCACACAUUCUACUCAUGGAACCCAAAUGGGAAAUGGUGUUUCACCAAAUAUUAGUUGUGGAGAUGCUUCUGGUGAUGGCUGGCCAGAUUGGGAGGCUGACCAGACACAGCCAGGUAACAAUCAGCAACAUCUACAUCAAUCACAUACUCCAGAAAGAUUUGUUGAAGAUACAAGAUGCCCAUCUCAUCAGAGUCUUGAGGGACAAGAAAGUCAACAACAACCUCAGCAACAGCCAGAUGAUGGCUUAAAACCAGAAAAAACACAGGCUAAUCAGACAGCUGAUAAUAUCAAUGCUGUAACUUCUCUUAGCUGCACACCUUCAUAUAACUCUACUACUGGUGUAUUGCCAGCAGCAGAUAGUACUCUUCAUACUAAACAAGACUCCUGGAGCUGGGAAUCAAAUGAGUUUAAUACAGUUGAGGAUAAUAGAACAACUCAGGCUUAUCCAAUAGUCUCAAAGGACACUCACUUUGGGUAUGAGGCUUAUAAUGACCCCGUUGCUGAACAUCAGAAAUCAUCUCAUGGGGAUGUUAAUACUGAAAAUGUACCACCUGUUGAAAUAGAUUCCUCUCAAACUACCAUGACAGAAACUGUUCCAGCAAAUCAGAUCUCAACCUCUACAGUAGUUAGUAAUUGGGAUGAUGGUUGGGGUGAUGGAUGGGAGGCUGAAGUUCACGCUUCUAAAGAUCCGUAUUUAGAGCAGAGUAGCAAUGCUGAAGAAAUUGGCUCAAAUAAACAUGCUCCAGAAGGAGAACCAUCUCAUCCAAAGUCACUAGAGCCCCAGUGCAGGGAAUUUUCAUACCAACCUGAAAGGGUAACAUGUGCAGAAAAUGAAGUGGUAUCUCAGCCAGACCAGAAGCAGAAAGAAUAUAGUGAGAAAAACUAUGGUUUACAGACACAGAAUCAAGAAUAUUAUGACAACAUUCCAGUUACUUCAGCAGCAGGAUGGGAUGAUGGAUUGGAACAAAACCAUGAAAUCAGUUAUCCAUCUGAUCAUGUUAAAGAGAUAACUGGGGCCUGUGGCACCAGUGAUAACUCGACAAUAAACGCAAUUGUUACUUCAAUUACUGAGUCAGUUGACGGAAUGUCAAUAAGAGAAGAUUUACAGCAAGUGAAGGAAGAGUUAGCCUCUCUGACACUUCAAGGGCACAAGAACUCUCAGGGAUCCCUUCAGCAACAGCAAGAUGAUGAUAAGACAAAUAUAAAGUCAGAAAUUUAUCCAGAGAAUUUUCCAUUAUAUAAUCAUACAUUUCCUUCUGCAGAAAGUAUCAUAGCAAACUCAGACCCUGCUAAUGAAAUGCAUUAUUACCAACAACAGGAGGAGUUUCAAAAACAAGAUCAUCAGAUAUAUCAGCAGCAAGAACCCCUUUCUUGGCUUGGUCAUCAGCAGGAGAAACUUGAAGAUGCUCAUUCAGAAUCUGAUCUUCAAGCACAUCAACACAAGCACCACCACCAACAACAGCAGCAGCAGCAGCAGCAGCAGCAGCAGCAGCAGCAGCAGCAACAGCAACAACAACCCCAUUCACAGCCUCUGCAGGCAUCAGUAAUAUCAAGUCAAGUCCAAACUGGAUAUGAGCAUUUAACAAGCCAAAAUACUCAUUAUCCUGAAGAAGUUCCUGGAGACACCAAACUGAUCAAUCCUCAAGAAGUUCAGCCUCACCUCUUCCAGCCCUCCCAAAGUAAUAAUCACCAAUUUCAUAUGCAAAUCUCCCAAGAACUUUCUGAUCCUGGUCAUCCAGUGACUUCCCUGGCUGCUGAUCCCCUGCUGAUGAGAAUUCCAGAUGGAGCCUCAUCUGUCUCUGAAAUGCCACCUACCAAAGCAGUGGAUGAAGUCAACAUCACUCAACAAUCUGACAGGGAACCACAGCUGGCCUCUGUCCAGGCUAACUUAGAACCUUUAGAUCGUCCCUCAUCAACACAGUCUGCCCUAUCAGUUCAUUCUACCCACUCAAGUGUGCAUGAUACCUCUCUUCACCCAUCCCAACCACAGAGGCCCCUAUCUUCCUACGCAACAGAGAGACCAACUUCUAAUCAGUCUGCUAAUUCUGUUCACUCCCUUAAUUCAAUUAAUUCCAAUCGAUCAUCUCUCUCAGUCCACCCAAGUCAGGAAGAAUCUUUUGUAGAGAAUCUUCAAAUGCCAACCCUUGAGACAUCUUCCUUUCAAGCAGUGCCACAAGAGCAAAAGACAGACCUACCUGUCCCGUCUAAUGUUACCAAAAAUAGUUUUGAGCCAUCCAAUGAUAAUGGCAUAGAUCCAACUGCUACUCCCACUGGGCUUCCUAUUGGCCCACCUCCGGUAUCAGGUCCUUUAGGUGCUAUGCCAAAUCUUAAAGCAAGAAAAGGAAGUCCUUUCCAGCCUCCAAGCAUGAAAAGAGGCAUUGUACAAUUGCAAAAUAAAUCAGUGCCUCAAUCUAUGUCUACUGAUCCAGUUUUGAUGGAACCCUCAGCAGCUGCAAAUGAUGAUGCCCCUCCUGAUAACAAUGAAAAUCCAAAUGACACAGAAAAAAGUGGAGCACCACUUUGGUCAAAUACGGAGGAUGUUCCUAUGAAUGUCAAACUUGCUGUAGCUGCACCAUCUGUACCAGAGACUAUAACAAAUCAGCAGCCAGUGGUGCCAAGUAACUCUAUACCAUUGGUAGUACCUGGCAUGGUAAAGGAGGAAGUAACUGAGGCUGAUCCACCAGUUGCACACAGCAACUUUGAGCAGCUACCUUGGGUUUCUCCAGAACCCCCAGCAGCUCAUAAUGCUCACUUCCUUCCUCCAACAGUGAAACCAAAGGUGCAGUCUCUCAGUAACAUACCUGCUGAUUCUUCCUCACCAGCAGUUUUGGAUUUAUCAAGACCUUCAAGAUCUGCAAUAGAACCACAUGGUGAUGGAUCUCAGAAGACUGAAACACCAAAUUUUAGUCGUAUGGUCCCAGGUGAAUCAAGCAAAGAUGCUUUGGCUACUUCAGCAUCAGCCUACCAAGCCCCAGUUGUGGUCCCAUCAAUGCCAUCAGAAAGAGUGGUAACAGGUAAUGAUAAUCCCCAGCCAGUGCUACCAGUCAGGAUUAAGCAAGAACCAUCUGAGGUUAGAUCUCCUCCAGAUGGUCCUGAUACAAGUGACCCCUUGAAUCAAGGAGCUUCUGUUGUGCCACCUGUCCGAAGUGAAACUAUUGGGUCUGAAGAACCAGCUGCAAGGAAUUUCACCUCAAAUAACUCAGGAAGCAGACCAGAUUUGACAAAUGAUCACAGAAAUGAGAGAAGUGGAAGGUGGGAAAGGGAACAUUCACGGGAAAGGGAUAGCAGGAGCAGUGAUCGUUAUCGUGACAGAAGUCAUGAACGUAGUCGAGAUUACUACAGGGAUGACUCACCACAUAGUAGGAGAUCCUAUGAUAGAGAUUAUGAUAGAAAAUAUGAUGAUGACAGAAGAUGGCGACGGAGAGAGUCUGAUGAGGAGGAUGAUAACGAUAGACGUUAUUAUGAAUCACGGGACAGGAGAGAAAGAGCUUACAGGGAUGAAUUAGAUCGCUAUAGUGACAGACCUUUAAAGGAGGAGAAAGACAGAGUUCAUCGAGAAAGUAGAGAUUUGAGAGAUAAGCGACGUGGUUAUCGUGACAGAUCUAAGGAUUACUACCAUAGUUAUGAUGAUGAUCCCUACUAUGGCAGGUCAGAUAGGUCACAACCAGUAUCAAGAUCAAGCAGCAUCAAUAACUUAGAGAACGAUGGUGAUCGCCCUGGUCACUCACACCGAUCUCGCCAUGACUACUAUGAUCGACAUGACCGAAAGGACUCCCGUUCCAGGGACUCAGAUCCUCGGGACAGGGAUGGCCUAUACUCCAGGGACCUAAGGGAAAGAGAUUCCUCAUAUCACAGAGACAUGAGAGAUCCAAGGAGAGAUCCACGUUUCUACAGCCAAAGAGGUGAGUGUAAAAUCCAAGUUAUUAGAAGGAUAUUUGCCCAAUUAUUGUACAUUCUCUAGAGAGGUUAGUGAGGAAAAACAAAUAAAAAUUAUAGAAAGUAGGAAUGAGAAUGGUAUAGAGUGGGAUUGUAGUAUUGAUAAUGAAUCGUGUUAACUAGAAAGAAAAAUCGCAUAAAGAAUGAUGUUGACAACACAGCUAUUCAGUAAAGAAACAUGAGAGUAAGCAUUUCUACACA